AUCGAAACUUGGAAGUAAGCAGCAAAAUGUCAACUCGUCCAAUUUUGCUUAGGGACCGGCCGAUUAUGAAGAGAAGGAUGACCAUAGGUGGUCCUCGCCCAUUGCCUCUUCACGCGGUCGAGCAAAUCAAGCAGCGCAAUUUUUUCGAAAACCUCGGUAAUACCGAUGGGAUGGUGACCAGACGUCCCCCCGUCAAUGAUGAUAUGAUGUAUCGCGAGUUAGGCAAUCAGCGUGGUUGGAAUGGAUUUAAUUCCGGAGGGCAAUUCAAUUUGAAUACCAGUGCUCCACCGCCGCCGGAGAAUCUCAUUUGGGAAAACCCCCAAAGUUUCCAACGCGAACGCUCGCCGCCAGUUCGCCGUGCUCUUUUCGAAGUUCCCGAUGAGGAACCCGUCCAAAAUAUUCAGGAACCCUUUUAUCGCAGGACUCAUGAACCGCCUUCGAAUGCAUAUGGUUUUCCAGAAGGAACGUCUGUAUUUAAUAAUCGCAAUGAAGAUUUCGAACGUCGAGAAUUUUCGAAUGCAAAUUUUGAAAAUAAUGGACAGCAUCUAAAUCAACGUGGUGAUGAGGAUUUUGAGCGCCGAGAAUUUUGCAAUGGUAACUUUGGAAACAAUGGACAGCCUGAACAUAAUCGCAAUGAUGAUUUCGAACGCCGUGAGUUUUUCAAUAAAAACUUUGGAAAUAAUGGACAGUCGGUUAAUCAACCUGAACCAACAUCCGGAGGUACUGAGCCGUCGGAUAAGAUUUUUAUGAUUGCUGGCUUCAAGUUGCCGUUCUUAACCAACGAAAUGGCGAAGUCGGCCUUUGUGGAGUCUCGAUCGUACGCGGUGCGCUAUUUCCAGAAGACGCCCAACUAUAUAAUACGCAAGAAAAAAACCAAGGAUGCGCCCAUCAUUCAGCACAUUUACAACGAGAUAGAGGAUGUCCAUUACGAUGAUUAUAAUGACCAAAAGUCUACCGCUCUUUCAAUCAACCGUCAUCGCGAAAGUCUCUGCAAGGAGUGGACCAAGAUCUAUCGGGGCAGGAACUAUCGUUCUUGGGAUGGAUGGUGGAAGGACUUCCACAACAUUGAUGUGGACAUCUUUGAGCAGUUGGCGAAAUUCGAAUGCUUCAAUGUGAAGUACAACUUCAUGUCGCCCGGUGGAGUCCAUAAUGCCGACCAGCUGAUCAAUAGGGCCAACAUCGCUCUGACCAAGAAUCGCAACAAUUAUGUGGGCAACUUGAAGGUCGUCCACAGCCUGAUGGACCACACUGUCCUGGGAAACUUGGCCAUGGAGGAGACCGCUCGGCUGCAGGACAUCAUUCGCUCGGUGCCCAAUCACCUGUGGGUCUACAAGUUGCGCUGCAUGAUCUACGUGUGGUACAACUACGGCCAGGUCAUGAAGUCGAAGGACACCCAGGAUAAGAAGUACCAAAUUGUGCUCAAGGAGUGGAGGAGCCCCGUCAUCCACUGGCUGGCCAAGCAGGCCUUUUUCGAGCUGAAGAGCAUCAGCAAAUUGGAGUAUCCCCAGUUCCGUGAGGUGUACGGCGCAGCCAGACAGAAAGCCAAGAAAUAG